AUGAGUCACUUGCUUUUACUAGUGUUAACUAUGCUCACAAUCGUUAUAGCUUGUGCAAAACCACUCGGACAAGAGCAAUAUAAAGAUGGCACCGAUCACAAAGCUACAAGCGAAUUUAACUAUAAUCUCAUAUCAAUUGUCGAUAGUUUUAAAAACAUAAUCGAAGAAAACAACAAAUUUGAAAAACUGAAAAAAUCUCUCAAAGGGAUUCUGGAAAAUGUGGCAAAAGACUUGAACGAAGCUGUAAGCCAUCGUAUUAAUAACGACAAAGCUGGGAGACAAAAACACGAAUAUAGUAUUACGGACUCAACGUUGGAAGAAAUUGAAGAAACACUGGAGAACGAACAUGCUGAAAUUGGAGAAGAAACGGCAAACGAAAUCGCUCACACAAUGAAUAAGAAUUACUCGUGGACGCAGCAAAAGUCAAAACAAGUUAUUGCAGAGUUCUUAAAAUUAUUUUACGGCAUUAUUACGAUAUAA